UAAUGAGUCAAUAUUGAUAUUCAAACUUUAUUGAUGGAAGUAGAAACACAAGAGCAAUCUAUCCACCUAGUCACCGCCCAUGACUCGCCCGAGUUCGCUCACCUGACUCACGCCUUGACUCACUCCUCCGUCAUCGGACUCGACGCCGAAUGGAAGCCCAAUCGCCAGGCCUCCACCUUCCCCGCCGUCUCCCUCCUCCAAAUCGCGUGCCGACUCGUCGACGCGCCCGAGUCGCCGGUCUUCCUCAUCGAUCUCCAAACCAUUGACAUUCCCCCGGUUUACGAGCUGCUGAAACAAGUGUUUGUAGCGCCCGAUGUUUUAAAGCUGGGGUUUCGAUUCAAGCAGGACUUGGUUUACCUUUCGUCCACGUUUUGCGACCGCGCCUGCGCUCCUGGUUUUGAUAGGGUCGAACCAUUUAUCGACAUCAGUGCAAUUUACAAUCAAUUACAAACGAAGCAACAGGGACGAAGGACACCCAAGCAAACAAAGAGUUUGGCAACAAUCUGUGAAGAAGUUUUAGGGAUUUCUCUCUCAAAGGAACUUCAGUGUAGUGAUUGGUCGCAACGUCCUCUAACAGAAGAGCAGAAGAAAUAUGCUGCUGCAGAUGCUCAUUGUUUGGUCGAGAUAUUUAACGUGUUCCAUGCAAAGGUUGUCAGAGAAGGAAAAUCAUCUCAGCCAUCUGAACCGGGGUUGAAGCAGAUGUUCCAGACAUCAAGUGGGGAUAACAUUGUAACAAGAGCCACACUUGUUGAAGCUACCAAUAUGAUCCGCCCAACUAUGCCUGAAUUAGAUAGCAUACAGACGACUGAGGAGGCUGAUUCCAUGAAGUCGAACAAUCUUAAUAAACAAGUAGAUGAUAGCUUCUUGUGGGUUGUCAGGAAGCAUGGUGAUAGAAUAUUGUUAAAGGAUUCUGACCGGAAGCCCAAAACUUCCAAAAACAAAGCUAAAAAGAGUGUAUCGAAACCCAAAACCAGUGAAAUUAUAGAAGACUGGCAAGGCCCUCCUCCAUGGGAUCCAUCUGCAGGAGGUGACUCUUGCCCCAAAUUUCUGUGUGAUGUGAUGGUUGAAGGUUUAGCAAAGCAUUUACGUUGUGUUGGGAUAGAUGCUGCAAUUCCGCAUUUAAGGAAGCCUGAUACAAGGGACCUAAUUGAUCAAGCACAAAAGGAGAAGAGAGUGCUCUUGACUCGAGAUGCCAAGAUUCUAAGGCAUGAAUAUUUGAUAAAGAAUCAAAUAUACAGGCUAAAAAGUCUCCUAAAGAAUGACCAGCUACUCGAGGUGAUCGAGACAUUCCAGCUUAAGAUUUCUGAGGAUCAAUUAAUGUCGAGGUGCACUAAGUGCAAUGGGAAGUUCAUCCAGAAACCUUUAACAACUCAAGAAGCCGUUGAAGCUGCCAAGGGAUUUCAAGUGAUUCCAAACUGCUUGUUCAACCGAAAUUUGGAGUUCUGGCAGUGCAUGGACUGCAAUCAACUUUAUUGGGAGGGUACGCAGUAUCAUAAUGCAGUCCAGAAAUUCAUCGAUGUAUGUAAGCUAAACGAGCAACCUGAAGGUGAUGAUGCUCUGUAAAGUCGACCAUACUCUUUCUUCGUACCAAGCAAUUGUUGUCAUGUUUGUAUGCCAUGGUUCAUUAGUUCUAGCAAAAUUUUAACUUAAACUGCUACGGUGCUCGUCUUUUCUCCUUUGUAAACUUAGAAAAGGGCGUACGAACUAGAAAUUUCAUGAAACCAUCGCUCAUA